UUUAUGAUUUCUUUUUUAUCGGCAGUCAUGGCGGACAGCACCGAAAGUGUGGCUUCCGCGUUAAUGUACGAUUUUUUAUUGGCAAAAGACAAAAACUUGGCCAAUGUGUUCCAAAAAAAGAAUAAAACGGCCAGUUUACAAAAAGGCUCUCCCACGUUGACUGAAAUUGUUUCUCAUUACUUGAAAUCCGGUCCUAAGUCGAAACAAUUGAAAUUAAAUUCAGCAGAGAGUGACGGAAGUAGUAGCGAGGAUGAACAGCCUUCAAAAGCAAAAGUGGUUAAUGGCGUAUUAAAACAGACUAAACCUGGAGUGAAAAAAGCUGAAUCAAGUAGCGACGAUAGUUCUUCUGAAGAAACUACCGUGAAGAAACCAGCUAUUAAAACGCCUGCCAAGCAACAACCAGCUAAACCACCACAAAAACAAAAACAAGAAAGUAGUUCAGAUGAUGAUUCAUCAGAAGAUGAAGCACCAAAGCAACCUGUUCAGAAAACACCGGCUAAACCUGCUGCUAAAACAGUUCAAAAGAAAGAAAGUAGCUCAGAUGACUCAUCCUCUGAAGAAGAGGCACCUAAAAAAGCCCCAGUUAAAUCAAUUUUGAAAACAUCUACAAAACCUGUACAAAGUAAGAAAGAUAGUUCAGAAGACAGUUCUGAGGAUUCAGAUGAUGAGCCGUCGAAGCCACAACAGAAAGUAGCAGUCAAACCUACCGCUAAAGUCAUUCCACAGAAAAAGGAGAGUUCAGAUGAGUCAUCAUCAUCGGAAGAAGAAGCAGUCAAAGCUCCUCCUAAACCGAUCGUUAAAACACCUGCAAAACCUGCGUUGAAGAAAAAAGAAAGUAGUUCUGAAGAUAGUACAGAUGAGGACGAGGCACCUAAGGUUCAAAGCAAAGCAGUUGCCAAUAAAAAACCUCCAGCAAAAACGCCACCCGCAAAGAAGGAAAGUAGUUCAGAAGACUCAUCUUCGGAAGAAGAACCCGCAAAAGGGCCGGCUAAAAAACCUGUGACAAAAACGGCGCCUCAGAAAGCGCCGGCAAAGAAACAAGAAAGUAGUUCAGAUGAUUCGUCUUCAGAAGAACAAGCGCCCAAACCAGCUGCAAAACUAACAAAACCAUCUCCCACACAACAACCAGCUCAAAAGAAGAAAGAAAGUAGCUCUGAGGAAGACUCCUCUGAAGAAGAAGCUCCUAAACCUGCCGUGAAGGCCCCACCUAAACCAACUCCAGCCAAGAAGAAACAAGAAAGUAGUUCUGAAGAGUCAUCUGAGGACGAGCCACCACAGAAAAAACAAGCCGUGGCUAAACCUGCUGCUAAACCAAAACCGAAAGAAAGCAGUUCUGAGGAAGACAGUUCAGAAGAAGAAACUACAAAGAAGCCAACUCCGGCAAAACCAACUCCUGUGAAAAAGACUGAAGAGAGUUCUGAAGAAUCAAGUGACGAAGAGGAGGAAAAGACGGUUAAAACUCCGGCUAAACCACAAGCAAAUGCGAAAAAAGCAGUAAAGAAAGAGAGUUCGUCAGAUGAAAGUAGCGAAGAAGAAGAAAAGACACCCAAGAGUAAAACUCCAAAGGCUGCGUCAACUCCAGCACCUAAGAAAUUGGCUGCUAAUAAGGAAUCGUCGUCAGAGGAAGAAUCUGCAGAUGAAAAGCCGGCAGAAGUUAAAACUAAAGGUGUGAAGAGGAAAGCUGAAGAUGAAGCAAAUGAUGGAUUCGUUGCAAAGAAGUCGAAUUAUAAUAAUUUCGUCAAAGCGGGACAGAAUAACAGUUUUAAUGGAAAUAAUAAGGAUGAAGAAGGUAGCGAAGACAGUUGGAACAAGAACAAACGCGACUCAUUUGGAGGUCGUGGGGGCUGGGGUCGCGGCGGUGGCGGUUUUAGAGGGCGUGGUGGGGGCGGUUUUCGAGGMGGMCGCGRUGGAGGCGAUUUUAGAGGCGGACGCGGUGGGGGCGAUUUUAGAGGCGGACGCGGUGGGGGCGAUUUUAGAGGCGGACGCGGUGGGGGCGGUUUUAGAGGCGGWCGYGGUGGGGGCGACCGGGGCGGUUUUAGAAAAUCAUGGGGAGAUAAUGACAGGGGUGGUGGUCGCGGAGGUUUCCGAAAAUCGUGGGGAGAUAACGACAGGGGUGGUCGUGGAGGUUUCCGAAAAUCGUUUGGAGAUAACGAUAGGGGUGGUCGCGGAGGUUUUCGAAAAUCGUUCAGCGAAGGCGGAGACAGAGGCGGGUUUAAUAAAAGUGACAGUUUUGGAUCGCAGAAAACACCAGAAAAUAAGAAAAUUACUUUUUUUGUAACAAAAGGAACGUUUCCGGACUUUAUGAUGAUGUAUACGGGCACAACCACCGAGCAAGACAAUCGCUUCAGCGAUAAAGAAAAAAAGCUUCUGAAGCAAAUGAAAUUCAGCGAUUGUUUGAGUCAAAGGGUUGAUAUGUCCAAAAUUAAACUUGAUGUCAUAAAACCAUGGAUUCAAGACAAAUUGACGGAAAUCUUGAAAAUUGAUGACGACGUCGUGGUUGAUUUUGUUUAUAAUCAACUAGAUGAAAAGUUUCCUGAUCCUAAAAAGAUUCAAAUCAAUCUUACGGGAUUCCUUCAUGGAAAAAACGCGCGCGAAUUUAUGGCGGAGCUGUGGGCAUUGUUGAUAUCAGCACAGGAGAACCCAUCUGGCAUCCCUGAUUCAUUAUUGGACUUGAAGCGUGAAGAAAUUAUAAAAAAGAAGGAAAAAGAAGAAAAGGACCGCGAAAACCGGGACAGGGAAAGAGAGAAAGAACGCGAACGCGAGAAAUCGGAUAAAGAAAAGAAAUACAGGGAUAGGGACAGGUCUAGGUCUAGGAGAAGAUCAAGGUCAAGAUCGCGACCCAGGAGGCGCUCGGCUGAAAGAUCCAGCAGGAAUAACGACAGAGGGAAGGACAAGAGGUCAAGGAGCCGUUCCAGAUCCAGGAUCAAGAUUGAUGAUUCAAGAAACAACGGUAACGCAAGUCCCAACGAACGGGAGAAUAAUGGCAGAGAGGAUUCUGCCAAAUUGGAAAGCAGUACUGCCAAUUCUAAACAUAAUUCAGAGAGUUCCCAGCCCGUUUCAAAGCUUCAAGCGAAGUUGAUGUCCAUGGCCGGCGGCAACGCCAAGCAACAGCAGCAACGUAACUCCCGUUCCCGUUCGAAAUCGGUGUCUCGGUCCCGUUCGAAGUCCGUCUCACGUUCCAAGUCGCCCAGCAAAUCGCACUCGAGAUCCCGUUCGUCGUCUAGUCCACGAGCAUCGAAGGACCGUAAAUCGCGCUCCCUCUCCAAGGACAAGGAGAAACGCCGCUCACGUUCUAGUUCCGAUGGAUCCAAGGACAAUUUCGAGAUCAGGAAGAAGGAGAACAGCGUUCAGAAAAAACGGCACUACAGAUCCAACAAGGACAGCUCCGACAGCGAACCAGACCAGGACAAGGGCAAGAGGAAGAAGUCGCUUUCGAAGUCGCCGCGACGUGCUAGGAAAAACAGCAGGGAUAAAAGUCCCAGACGCAAGAGGAGCUUGUCGCGGAAGAGGAGCAGUUCCAGGAAGAGGUCCCUUAGCCGAAAGAGGAGUCUUUCGAGAAGACGUAGUCCAUCGCGAAGCAAGAGGAGUCUAAGUAGACGAAGGAGGAGCAUCUCACGUUCAAGGCGGAGCACCCCUCGGAGAGCGAGUCCUCGCAGGAGACGCAGCUACAGCAGAAGGAGGAGUUUGAGCAGGAACAGAAGAGGACGACGCAGCAGGAGCCGCCGGAGUCCUAGCAGGAGGAGGCGCAGUCCUAGUCGAAGGAGGAGCAGCCGUGAUAGGAGGCUUAGACGCAGCAGAAGCCGUGACCGUAACCACAGGAGACUUUCCCGCGAAAGGAGACGCUCCAGGUCUAGAGAUAGAAGGUCGAGGUCUAGAAGGAGGUCAUCUCGAGACAGGGGAAGUUUGAGAAGAAAAUCUCCAAUCCGAGGUAAAUCUAGGGAACGACUACGUAAACCUAGUCCGAGUCCUGUAACUCGAAAUGAUCGUCGCGACCAAAGGGACGAGUCACGUGGUUCCCGGCCGUCUGUCAGAAGACCGGAAGAGAGGAAAGAAGAAUCUUUCCGUCGAAUUGAUGAUUCGAAGAGAGGUGAAGAUCUUCACAAGCCGGAGAAGAAGUUGGAAGAGAAACGCAAGGCUAGUACUUCUGAUAGUCAAACCGAAAGCGAAUUCAAAUCUAAAGAUAGGAAGAAAUCAAAGUCUAGAAGUAUCAGUCCCGAGGAUCAUAAUUUGAUUCCUCCUCACGGCCCGCCGAGAUAUUCGAGAAGCUUGUCUAGGACGCCGUCGCCGUUCAUAAAGGCAAACGAAUUUCCGCCUAAAACCAAGACAGUUCCUGCAUCGACAAAGGACGAUAAGAAGAAACUCAAAGAAAAGGCUGAAUUGAAAACUAAGAAGGUUACAAAGAAACCUUCAAAGAGUGAGACUGAUUCAAACUCAAGUGAUUCAGAUAGUGAGGGACAAAAAGAAAGAGAGAGGGAGAGAAAGAAGAUAAAGGCAAAGAAGAAGACGAAGAAACGCGAUUCGAGUUCCAGUGAUAGUGAGGUUGAGUACUCAUCUAAGAAGAAGGAUAAAGAUAGCAGUCCCGAAGUGGAAGUUAAGAGCAAGAAAGGCAAAGAUGGUAAGAGAAGUAGACGCGACAGCAGCGAAGAAAAAAAUCAGAAGAAACGUCAUCAGAGUUCCGAUUCGGAAGAUGAUAAGAAGAUAAAGAAGAAACGCGCACGUUCUGAUAGUUCCGAAAAAGGCCGAAAAUCUAAAAAAGAUGAUUCAAGUGACAGCGACGUCCCUAAGAGUAAAAGCAAAAAGAAAGUCGACAGUUCUGAUGAUUCUGAAAUUGAGAAAGUCGAUAAAGAUAAAUCAAAGAAACACCGAAGGGACAGUUCUUCAGACAGUGAAGAAGAAAUGAAAAAACGGAAACGUAAAAAGAAAGUUACGAAAUCGGCCAGCGAUUCUGAUGAAGAAAUUGAAUCGAAAAAACGCAAAAAAGAUAAAAGGCAUAAAAAGAAGAAGAAGCACUCAAAGAAGCAUAAGAAACACAAGAAGAAAAAGGUAGAAAGUGAAGACUCUGAUAACAGUGACGUUGAAGUUGUUAACGACGAUGAGAAAAAGUUGAGAGAAAAGGCUCUCAAGUCGAUGAAAAGGCAAAAUUCGAGCGAUAAGUCGGAGUGACGUGUAAAAUAAACGUUUUUAUUUAGUUUGAAUGAUUAGGUAAUUAGCUUUUAUGAGUGACCUGUAAUUUUUUUUGUCAUUCAUUCCGUAUGUUGCUGUCUUAAUAAAGUUGAUAUGUAUGUGGA